AUGGUUGAAAACAGUAGGACAAGGACUUUGGGAGAUUAUGCCAUUUCAACUAUGCAGGGUUAUAAUUCAAGUAUUGUUAGACCAACAAUUAAAGCCAACAAUUUUGAGAUCAAACCUGCAUUAAUAAAAUUGAUACAGCAAGAUCAGUUCUUUGGAAAUGUUUUAGAUGAUCCUAAUCUGCAUCUCUAUUUUUUUCUGCAGCUAUGUGACACCAUUCGUAUCAAUGGUGUAAGUGAAGAUGCUAUCCGCUUAAGAUUAUUUCCCUUUUCUCUUAAGGACAAGGCUAAAUAUUGGCUUCAAGCUCAACCACAAAGAAGCAUCACUAGUUGGAUUGACUUAGUGAACAAAUUUCUAAUUAAGUACUUUCCACCAUCAAAAUCUGUCAAGCUGCGAAGUGAAAUCACCUCUUUUGUUCAACAAGAUGGUGAAUAUCUUUAUGAUGCAUGGGAAAGAUAUAAGGAUCUGCUGAGAAGAUGUUCUCAUCAUUGCAUUCCAGAGUGGAUGCAAAUCCAAACUUUCUACAAUGGGAUGAAUGUUGUCACAAAAACUAUGGUAGAUGCAGCAACAGGAGGUUCAUUGAAUACUAAAACUGUAGAAAUAGCUCAACAAUUAAUUGAAAUGAUGGCAAACAGCAUGUAUCAGAGUUUCAGUGAGAGGCAUGUUCCAAGUAAGGGAGAAUUUGAAGCAAAGACACUUGAGACUUUGAUCAACCAAAAUCAAAUGAAAAAUCAAUUACUUUUUGAACAACUUGCAGCCUUGACUCAACAAAUCAAUACUUUUCAAGCUGGAACUGUAAAAACAAGCAACUUGAUAUGUGAUUUUUGUGGAGGAAAUCAUAUGAAUGGAGCAUGUGAUCCUUCGUGGUCAUAUUGUCAAACUUCUUCAUCUCAACCUCCAAUAGAGCCACAAUUUUCAAAACCUUUGUCUAAGAGGAUGAAUGAAAUGGAGGAAGCACUGCUACAAUUUAUAGAAGUUACACAGUCCAACUUCAAAAAUCAAGAGGAAUCUAUAAAGAAGUUGGAGACUCAAAUAGAACAAAUUUUACAGCAGUUGGCACAUAGGGAUGAGGAUAGAUUUUCUAGCAAUGCUAUUGUAAAUCCAAGGAAGCAAUGCCAUGCUGUCAUAUUAAGAAGUGGAGCAGAGGUUUCUAAUCUAAAAGAUGAGGAGAAGAAGAUAGCUAUAAAGAAUGCUGAAGAAAAAGCUCAAGACAACUUGCAAAGAGGGAAAUUCACUCUUUUAAGAAAAGAAAAUUUAGAGGACAGUAAUUGCACUAAACCAGAAUUGCAGAAUUCCAAGCAGGAAAAACAAAAGGAUGAUUCUGUUAUAAGAGAAGUCCUUGCUGUAAUUAGAUAUCAAGUUGAUGAAGAAGAGGGAAAGAAACCUGUUGAGUAUACCAAACUGCUGGAAGUCCCUCCACUUUUAUUUUUCUCAAUGAAACUGGUAUUUUGCUGGAACUUCCACUUUGAGCCUAAAAAUGAGGUUAAGCACAAGCUUAAAGGGUCUGCAAAGAUUGUUAUCAUUGCUGUGACAUCCAUUCUUCUUGCCAAGAGUAGUUACAUACUUUAG